UCCUGCAGUGUGUGCGUGCUAGCGCAAAGCGCGGCCUUCCGCUCGGUGCUCGUCCUCAUCAACAACAACAACAACCACCGGAUAAAGUGUUUCCCGGCUCCCGGUGCGCUGACACACCCAGAGAGACACACUCACCCCGGGACUCUGUGACGAUGGCGGAGACAGUGAAGUACGUGGACGACGAACACAAAAGCAUCUUCCUGAAGCUGCUGAAUGAGCAGCGACUGGAGGGCGAACACUGUGACAUCGCUGUGGUUGUCGAAGACGUCAAGUUCCGCGCUCACCGCUGUGUGCUUGCCGCCUGCUCCAACUACUUCAAAAAACUGUUCAAGAAACACGAGGUGGACAACUCGUCUGUGAUUGAGAUCGACUUCAUCCGCUCUGAUAUCUUUGAGGAGGUGUUGAACUACAUGUACACUGCAAAGAUCUCUGUGAAGAAGAGAGACGUCAACCUCAUGAUGUCGUCUGGACAGAUCCUUGGCAUCCGCUUCCUCGACAAGCUCUGCUCACAGAAACGAGACGUGUCGUCAGAAGAUAAAGAGAAGUUUCCCUAUGACAUCGUGAAGAUGGCGCUGCCGCCCGAGGCUCAGCUGGCCGCUGAGUCUGAGGUGCUGGGUGAACAUAACACACCUGCCACAGAUGACCUUGUUGAGGCAUCAGCCAAUCAAGAGCUAGAUAAAUCUCCCAGUGCAGCACUGCGUGUCCAGGAAGCCAUCCUGAAAGAACUGACCAAUGAGGAUGUACACAAGGUGACCUGCUACGACCAGGAUGUGGUGACAGAGAUGGAGGCAGAGCCUAAAGAGCUGGGGGCAGAGCAUCAUGCCACCCAGACGCUGACAUUUGCUGACAGUAUGGGGGAGGUGAAGGACGAACAGCCACCUGGUUGGUCGACAGCAACAACAGACAUGAAGUUUGAAUACCUGCUAUAUGGACACCGAGAACAGCUCGCCUGCCAGGUGUGUGGCAAGACCUUCUUGGACGAGAGCAGACUCAGGAAACAUGAGAAGCUUCACUCAGCAGAGCGUCCGUUUGCCUGUGAGAUCUGCACCAAAGCUUUCACCACACAUGCUCACCUGAAAGAGCACCUGAAGAUCCACACAGGCUUCAAACCGUACAGGUGUGACGUUUGUGGUAAAUCGUUCAUUCGAGCUCCAGACCUGAAGAAACACGAACGAGUUCACAGCAACGAGAGACCGUUCGCCUGCCAGAUGUGUGACAAGGCGUUUAAACACAAGUCUCACCUGAAGGAUCAUGAGAGGAGACACAGAGGAGAGAAACCAUUCGUCUGUCCGUCCUGCACCAAGGCCUUCGCCAAGGCGUCAGAUCUGAAGCGUCAUGAAAACAACAUGCACAGUGAGAGGAAACAGCUGAAUCCACUGCAGAGCGACACAGAGACACUGCAGGCUGCUGCCAUGGCUGCAGAGGAGCAACAUCUGGACAACAUCAGCUGCUCCUAACAUCUGGACAACAUCAGCGACUCCUCACAUCUGGACAAUAUCAGCUGCUCCUCACAUCUGGACAUCAGCUGCUCCUAACAUCAGCUGCUCCUAACAUCUGGACAAUAUCAGCUACUCCUCACAUCUGGACAACAUCAGCUGCUCCUUAUCACUGUAUGAAUAAGAAUAUUUUGACUGUAUCUGUUGAUUGAUUUUAAUGUAGUUUUCUCUGCAUCAGUGAACAUGAACUGACUUUAAAGGGGCUGUUUGUAAGUUUCCUCUGCUGCUGAACCUGGUUUUAUUCUGGAGCCGAUGAUGACGAUGGUGAUGAAGAUUGUCACUCACCAGGAUCUUUAGUCAUCGUUGUGUUUACAGCAGGUUAUAAUCCGUCCACUGAGCAGCUUCAGGACAGACUGCAGGCUACAGUGACUCAGUAUCAGAAAGUGAGGAGACGAUCUGACCAGGCUGCAGCUAGCUGGUUAGCAUGCUAACUUCAGUAGAAGAGAAGAGACCAGAAGUUACAUUGGUGUUUGGAGACAGCUGUUGGUGAGUAAAAGAUGAUGUUAGUUUCUUCUAGACUGGUAAGUAAACAGAUGCUAAUGCUAUGUGGCAAUAGCAGAACUUACAAAUAGCUCCUUUAACAUGAACUGAUAACCUCAACGAUCAUGUGGUGAACAUGUUAAACGUGGCUGACGUUCCUCUGGCUUCUUGUAUGAUCUGUAAAUACUUCUCCCUUUGUAAAUGACAGGACUCUGUACAGAAAACUGUUGUAUAUGAAUCUGUUCAGUUCAAUGAGCAGAGCUGCUGUGUUUAAACCACGACUUUUAUUUUAUUGUUUCAUUACUGUCACUAAACUACAGGAGCCCAGAGUGGACACAUAAACUCAAAGGGCUCUGUUUACAUGAAAUA